AUUCAAAACAAUGAGUAAGAGCUGUCUACAGAGCGGGGAGGGGGCGCUGGGGAGCAGCCGUAUAUGUGUCUCUAGUACCGGAGACAUUUUAUCGUAGUCUUCAGAAAGACACUGAAUGACAUUUUGUAUACACAAAUAUGGCGGCUGUAGAUAGGACACGUGACAGCUGUAGGCGCACGCUCUAGUGGCAGAAAGCAGUACGUCACUAUCUUACCGGUCUGCAGAUGACGACACAGAUGACGUCAUUCCCGGAUGUUCUCCAGAUUGAGGAGAAACAACAGUGGAGGGAAGCCCGGGACAUGGAGGAGGAGGAAGAACGGGAGGUGGUGCGGGUCAGGGUCCGGAAAUGUGAAGGGGUCUUACAGCCAGAGUCUCGCUCCUUCGCUGUGGACCCCCAGAUCACCUCAUUGGAUGUUCUUCAGCAUAUUCUGAUCCGGGCCUUUGAUCUGAAUGGGAAGAACUUUGGAAUCAGCUACCUGGGUCGUGAUAAGCAGGGACAUGAGAUCUACCUUUCCCUGAUGUCUGACUGGGACUUGGGAACCGCGUUUGCCAGUGCGUCCAAGCCGUAUCUUCAGCUGAAGCUUGACAUCAAGCCGUCUGAGGACAGUCCGCUGCUGGAAGACUGGGAUAUAAUCAGCCCUAAGGAUGUCAUUGGCACAGACUUGUUCUUUGUGGAUAAGCGGACGCUCAGCGCGGCUCUCCCAUUCACUCAGUCUAUCCUGUCCCAGGUAGGUCGUACAAUCUCCAGGAUGCAGCAAGCCCUGAGCUGGACUUAUGGUGAUGAUGUGAAGCCUUUCAAGCCACCGCUGACUGAUGUCGAAUUCCACACCUACUUGAACCACGAGGGACAACUGACCCGUCCUGAGGAGCUUCGCCUGCGUAUAUACCAUGGAGGUGUUGAGCCUUCAUUGAGAAAGGUUGUCUGGCGCUAUCUCUUGAACGUCUACCCAGAUGGUUUAACAGGACAGGAACGUAUGGAUUACAUGAAAGCUAAAACCCGAGAGUAUUACCAGCUAAAAAGUGAGUGGAGAGAACGGUGCAGUCAAGAGGACUUGGAGUUCAUCCAGGGCAAUGUCAUGAAGGACGUCCUCCGCACAGAUCGUACCCAUCCUUAUUAUUCAGGUUCGGAGGACAACCCUCACCUGCAAGCCUUGCAUGACUUGCUAACCACGUACGCCGUUACCCACCCACAGGUGUCUUACUGCCAGGGCAUGAGUGACAUCGCCUCACCCAUCCUGGCUGUGAUGGACAAUGAAGCCCAUGCUUUUAUCUGUUUUUGUGGAAUUAUGAAAAGGUUAGAAGGGAACUUUCGCAUGGAUGGGGAAUGCAUGUCUGUGAAAUUUGCACAUCUCAAGCUGCUCCUGCGGUACUCUGAUCCAGAGUUCAACACUUACCUAAUGUCUCGUGGUGCAGAUGACCUGUUCUUCUGCUACCGCUGGCUGCUUCUGGAGCUCAAGAGGGAAUUUGCUUUUGAGGAUGCUCUGAGGAUGCUGGAGGUGAUGUGGAGCUCAUUGCCUCCUGAUCCUCCAGAAAAAGAAGUUGAGUUGACCGGACCACCAUGUGCACCGGGGGAAUGUCCAAAAAACACACGGAGGAAGCACAUGAUGCGUCCAGACCGUGGACUUAGCCCAGAAGGGGAGGAGGAGAUUUCGACACCCAAUGUAGACACAGAGACAGAACAACCAGAGAUGAUGAUGGAGAAAACAGAACCUGAUGGAGAGCAAGAAUCAUCACCUGUAAGGUGCCCAAUGUUAAAACAACCAAGUUUUGGAGAGUUUAAGUGUUAUGGUGCUAAUGAUGGCGGCUCCAGCUUUGAAGGUGAGGAUCUGCCUAUGACCCCUGUUAUUCAUGCUCGGCAGUCCACUCAAGAAGAAGACGAUGAAGAACGGUUUUGGGAGCAGGAGCCUCUGAUUCGACCUCCUGACUCUCUGGGGGUCACCAGCUCUUUGUCUGCUCCUUCACUCACCUCUUGUACCCCGACUUCUCAGAGCCCCACAUCUCUUACUACGACGGACCCCAGUGAGCCAACCUCUGCUGCUAAGGAUGAAGGAGGAGAGGCUCAGCUGGAAGCCGAGCAGACUGCGGCCAGUUCCCCAGCUCCCAUCAGCUUACCCCCACCCCAGGAGUUCGGCCGUGGGAACCCCUUCAUGCUCUUUUUAUGUCUUUCUAUCUUGUUGGAGCACCGUGAGCAGAUAAUGAAACAAAACAUGGGAUACGAUGAGCUGGCAAUGCACUUUAACCGCUUGGUCCGUAGGCACAACUUAAAUCGCGUUCUCCACCGCGCUAAAGCUCUGUUUGCUGACUACCUACAGUCCAAAGUGUGGGAUUCAGAGGAAGGAGAUGAGGCAGCCGCAGAAUCGCCUUCCACCUCCUGACCCUUCACUCCGUCACCUUCUUGAAUUCAGCAGCCGGUCAGGACAUUUUAUGUUGCUGUGGUGAAGCGCUUAAGUUUGAGGCCUGUGUGGAAAAUCCAGAUCUGCCAGUCCAAGUCUAUCAAAUGGUAAAGUCCAAUCAGAAGAACAAACUUUACGGGUUUGACGGUUUUAUAGCACUCUCCAAUACAAAAGGCUUCAAACCUUUUACUGAGCCUCUGGUCUUCCCAGGCCUCCAGUUACAUAGUUCAGAUAGGAAAUUGUAUUCAUAGACACUUGUGAUUUAUUUGUAUCCUUCUUCUUGAUUGGGAAACACAAUGUAAACUUAUUACCUUUCGUUGCAGAAAAAAAUAGUAACAUUGUUUCAACAAAGUCAGAAGUUAUAUAAAUCUUAGAUUGUUACAAAGGGAUUAGAGGAUUCAGAUUUAGGGCUGCGAUCUCAUGUAAUACACUUGGGUCAUAUUUACUGUGCUAUAAUGACUAUCCUCUAACCGGGAAAUGUAAUAUCCAUACAUUUAAUGUAAUGUUAGGACCAUAGGGCAAUGUACGAAUUAGCAUUAAAACUAUAUGGACUCCCAUCUCAUUUGCCGCCAGAUGCAAAUGUCAAACUAUAGGAUUCUACAAGGGAUUGUGCUAUGAGUAUUCUUCCCGCAGGUCUGGUAUGUAACAUAACCAGGUUCGACCUUCAUUUUGAUUUAUGUUAAUAGCAGAUGUGGCACAAGAACACCAUGCUCUUUACCCUUUACAGUCGAGAACAUUCAGCACCCGCGGGACAAUGAGCGUCCGUGUAUCGCCAUCACGCGGUGUCCAUGUGUCACCAUCCGGCCGAUUCAGGAUGAAUGGGGAGAGACUCCCGGGAAUGCGAUCACUCCAUUAUAAAAUAAAUACAUGAAAUGAGUUUAGUAUUGCUGGACACUGCGCGCCUUACAGGGAUAUGCCUAUGAAAUAUAAGCUCUGUUUUUGUGACCUUAUUAUGUAAAUAAAUAUUAUUAAUGAG